AUGGAAUCCGUGCAACUUCGUCAGCCUGGGGGGAUGUCUGGGCUGAACUCGGUCAAGGGUUCAGGUACGGUCAAGGAACACCUUGGGGGCUGGCGACGCUCGCUGGCGCUCGGGGUUGUGAUGUCAAUAGUGGUGCUGUUGUUUAACAUCGCAUUCACUGGAUAUGCCGUUGACCAUCACCGUGUCCAUAGUGGCCGGGGGGUUCUCUACGAGGGGAACUGCGAAACUGUGAAGGGCGCAAACAUUGCAUUCCAUUUGAUCAUCAAUAUCCUCAGUACAGUUCUGCUCGGCGCCAGCAAUUUCUGCAUGCAAUGCGUGUGUGCGCCAACAAGAAAGGACAUUGACCGGGCACAUCGCAGUACAAAAUGGCUCGAUAUCGGGGUGCCCAGUACGCGGAAUCUUUUCCAAAUCUCGAGGAAACGAUCCUGGCUCUGGAUCUGCUUGGUCGUCUCCUCCGUCCCACUUCAUCUCAUGUAUAACUCAACCAUCUUCUCAUCAAUAGGUGCCAACAGCUAUAAUGUCUAUGCGGGGAAAGGGUUGCUUAAUGAAACAGCCUUGACUUCCCUCGACGGGGGCCUGCAAUCCGACGCUGUCUUUCUCAGGCUCUACAACAAGGCGCAGAACGAAACACUGUAUCGACUGGAUAACUCAGCGUGUGUUGAUGCGUAUGCCACUGCAUAUCAGUCAAGAUAUGGCAGUCUCAUCGUGGUGACCGACAAUAUCACGUCGCCUCAUGUCUACCCGCUGGCCGCGACGCAGGAUGUCUAUAACCCAGCAUACCAGUCCGUACCGGGAGCCAGUGGAUACAACUGGAUAUGCCAGGACCUGGAAAGCCAUAAAUACGAAUGGGAGCUGACGCCCUGCAUCACGAAGAUCCGCCAGGUUCGGGAGCAGGUCGCAAGUAACAACUGGACCGUCGCCGGGUACCCCGUUGAGUACUGUUUGGCCGAAGAACUUCCUGCACACUGCAAGCUGCAGUACAGCCUGCCCCUGGUGCUGAUUGUGAUAGCGUUCAACAUAGUCAAGGCCGUCGUCUUGGGCUAUGUCGCCGUCACCACAGCGGACGCCCCCCUUCUGACAACCGGAGACGCAGUUGCUUCCUUCCUGGCCACACCAGACGACUUUUCGCACGGUCUGGGCUUGAUCCCUGCGGACGCCAUUCGACGGCCGGCCAAGUACAGCACGAUGCCGACAUUCGAUGGCAGGCCGAAACGCUGGCGAUCUGCGAUAUCGCGCCGCAGAUGGAGGCUUGGACUCGGAGUAUACUCAACGGCCCUUCUUGCCUGCGUCGCGCUUCUCGCGUAUGGGCUGAUGUUUACUUCCUCUCCUUCCGCCGUCUGGAGCGUCGGCUUGGGCGAAGUCGCCACGCAAUCGAUCCUCUCAGCCGAUCAAUACUGGAUUCCGUCUGUCGUGAUCAACGCGAUCCUGGCCAACCUGCCCCAGCUUAUCUUCUCCGGACUGUAUUUCGCCGUCAACGCGAUGGCCACGACCGUGGCCCUCGCCCACGAGUGGAGUCAAUAUGCAGUCCAGCGCAAGGGGCUCCGCGUUUCGAGCCGGCCCAUCGGUGCACAGCGUAGCAGCUACUUUCUCUCUCUUCCCUACCGCUACGCUGUGCCUCUGAUCGUCCUGUCGGUGCUGGUGCACUGGCUCAUCUCUCAGAGUCUCUUUCUCGUCAUGGUCGAGGCGUAUUCGCCGACGCUGCACCGACAGCCCGAUUUCGACGUGACGAGCUGCGGGUACUCCCCCGUGGCAAUCGUCGCCACCAUCGCGGUCGGCACGGUCAUGCUGAUUACCCUGGUGGGAUUAAGCUAUCGGCGAUUCCGAUCCGGCAUGCCCGUGGCGGGCAGCUGCAGCGUGGCUAUUGCGGCGGCUUGUCAUCCGAAUCUGGGACAUGAGGUUGAUGGAUCCCAGGCCAGCCUCCCCCUGCAGUGGGGUGUAGUAGAAGUUGGGGCUGGUGUCAAGCGUUGUGCCUUUUCCAGUGCAGAUGUGGACAUGCCGGAGCAUGGCUUGGUGUAUCAAUAA